AUGAGACUGAAUUUUAGAAUAUCAUCUUCGUUAUCCCGAAUGGCUAAUUCGACUAAUAAGAACGAUGUACAAAAAGACUAUGAUGAUAAAUUUAAUACAUUCAACUAUUUAAAAUAUUAUAUGGUACAAAAUCAUAAUCUAUCACCAACAAUUCCUUACAAGUAUUGGCUUUUGCCAACUGUUAAGGUAUUGGAACAAUUUGCUGAUAGAUUAAUGGGAAAACAAAGAGUAUUGGAAUUUGGUGGUGGUCCUGUUCUUUGGCCAUCCUUUCUCUUGGCUCAAUAUUUUCAUGAAAUAUGGUUUUGUGAUUAUACCCCGUCGAAUUUAAUAGCCGUUCAAAAUUUUCUCGAUCGAACGGCUGAUGCGCAUAACUGGAUACCAUUUUUCGAAUAUCUCCUAAAGCCUUCUGACGAUUUACAACAGCGAGAUGAUAAACUUCGUCAAGCACUUCGAAAUGGUCGUCUAUUUCGAUGUGAUGUUAAUAGUGAUAAUUUAUUAAUAGAACAAGAGAAUGGUAUUAUGCAAUUCGACAUGAUAUUUAGCAGACUGUGUUUAGAAGCGGCCUGUACAACAUAUCUGAUGUACAAGCGAACGAUUAAACGUCUUGCUGACAUGCUCAAACCAGAUGGAAUGAUAUUAAUGAAUGCUGGUAGAAAUGAAACGUUUUAUAUGAUUGGAAAUGAAAAAUUUUGGGUGUUAGCGCUUAAUGAGGAAAAUAUUACACAAGCAUUUAUCGAUGGUGGACUGUCAAAGCCACACUUUAUUAUCGAACAAGUUUCAUACGAAAAUGUUAAAAAUCCAACAUCUGAUUGCGAUGCGCGAAUGGUAUUUUAUGCUUUUAAAUCGAACACAAACAGUUAA